AAUUAUUUUAUGGGUUAUACAAAGAGGAACGGAUAAACGGACAAAAAGCUGGACCUUUUUUCCCUCUUUUCCAUACCUUGAUCUUCAAAGCACUGAUAGGUGGAAGUGGGAUCUUGCUUAGGACCCUGUUUUUGUAUCUGGUGCUUUUUGAAACUCUGGCAGAAACUCAAAACAGUAGGAACUUAGUUCGACUCUUAGAGGGCCCUUGGACUUGAAGUCUCUGCUGUCUUUUGUUUGCUCAUAAAACUAAAUGCUAGUAGAGGUCGGGAUUCCAGUAGUAUGUGGGGAGGGAGGCGUGGCCAGGUUUUUCAAAUUGGGAGAUUGCUUUCCACGCGAUUGUUUUUUCACUGUUACUGGUCAUAAGUGCGUGUCUCCUGGUCCUUUGGCUAUUGCUCCUCCUUCCCUCUUUGGUUUAAAAUAAGGUUUAUCGUUGAAAAUGCGUUCUUACUCCUUUACUAAUAUUUUGAGAUUUAAAUCUUUUUUCAUUAAAAAAAUGUAUUGAAACUCCAGCGAUAGCUGAUGUUUACAGUCGAUGCUCAGCGCACGCACCAGUUCCCUCCUUGUAAUUCGGCAGCCCCUUUGCAAGCGUUAGAUCGGCUUAGGGCAUGCGGUGGUGUGUUGGAGGAAGCUUUGUAGGCUCAGGUCCUCUUUUUGCCACAGAUCUUAACCACCUGCUUAAGCCCUUUGGACUAAUUCUUUGCUUAAAUAAUGGUUAAAGUGAUCUCAGAAAACUUUUUGUGUUGGUACUUACUGGGCUUUGAGAUAAUAUAAAGGAGGUAGGUCUUAGGUGUAAUUUGCAUAUAAAAAUGCAAUGUGGCUUUUAAAUUUUUGAAAAGUAUAAAAACUACCUUUAAUCCCACUACGUUUUGAUUUUUCCUUGUGCUUUAUAUGUGCACGUCUGCGACCGUAUAGUUUACAGCCUUUUUCAUUUAACUUGCACUUUAUUAGCUUCCCCUUAUUUUCAAUGGCUAAUAUUCUAUCUAAUCAUUUCACUAUUGUUGGAGAGUUUGCGGUUUUUACUUAUUUGCAGUGAGUUUAUCUUACAUCUAUGAGUCACAAUUUCUUUCCCAAUAAAUGUCUUGCAGUGGAACUGAAUGAUGUAGCUUAAAUAUUACAGAGAAGAUACAUUUUAGCAGAUGGUAAUGGUCAUGGUCAGUUACUCAUUUCUACUUUACACAGCUGUUUUCCCUUGAACAAGCUAACUACUUUUGCUCUCACUCUAAUUGCUUCAAGUGCUAAGAGACAACCUCCAGAUUUUAGAUGUUCCUCACUGGAUCAGAAGCAUCAAGAAUAGAUCCAAUUUAAGGCAGAGUGGACCUAUAUGAUUCCUUUAUUCCUGGGGCUGAUUGUCUUACCAUGGCUGAAAAUGACAUAGAUAGAACCCAGACUGAGAAACUCCUAAAACGAGUACAAGAACUGGAGCAGGAGGUACAAAGGCUUAAAAAAGAGCAGGCUAACAACAAAGAUUCAAAUGUGAGAGAAAAUUCUUUAGCAGCUGGAAAAGCUAAGCGUGCAUUUGAUUUCAGUGCUCAUGGUCGAAGACAUGUAGCCCUAAAGAUAGCCUAUCUGGGCUGGGGAUACCAGGGCUUUGCCAGUCAGGAGAACACAAACAAUACAAUUGAAGAGAAACUGUUUGAGGCUCUAACAAAGACUCGACUAGUAGAAAGCAGACAGACGUCCAACUAUCACCGGUGCGGGCGAACAGACAAAGGAGUUAGUGCCUUCGGACAGGUGAUUUCUCUCGAUCUUCGUUCCCACUUUCUGAAGGGUAGGGCUUCAGAGGAUUGUAAUGGAAAAGAUGACGUCUACAAUGCUGCUAAAGAGAUUCGCUACACCCACAUUCUCAAUCGGGUACUCCCUCCAGACAUCCGUGUGCUGGCCUGGGCCCCUGUGGAACCUAGCUUCAGUGCUAGGUUCAGCUGUCUGGAGCGGACUUACCGCUAUUUUUUUCCUCGUGCUGAUUUAGACAUUGUAACCAUGAACUAUGCAGCUCAGAAGUACGUUGGCACACAUGAUUUUAGGAACUUAUGUAAAAUGGAUGUAGCCAAUGGAGUUAUAAAUUUUCAGAGGACUAUUUUGUCUGCUCAAGUACAGCUAGUGGGCCAGACCCUGGAUGAGGAGACAUGGCAAGAACCUUUCCAGUUAUGUCAGUUUGAAGUGAUUGGCCAGGCAUUCCUUUAUCAUCAAGUCCGCUGUAUGAUGGCUAUCCUUUUUCUGAUUGGCCAAGGAAUGGAGAAGCCAGAGAUUAUUGAUGAGCUCCUGAACGUAGAGAAAAACCCCCAGAAACCUCAGUACAGUAUGGCCGUAGAAUUUCCUCUAGUCUUGUAUGAUUGUAAGUUUGAAAAUAUCAAGUGGAUUUAUGACCGGGAGGUUCAGGAGUUCAAUGUUACCCAUCUACAACAACUAUGGGCUAAUCAUGCUGUUAAAACACACAUGUUGUAUAGCAUGCUACAAGGACUGGACUCCGUUGCAGUACCCUGUGGGACAGGACCAAAGAUGGAUGGAGUGAUAGAAUGGAGAAAUGUUAAGCCCUCUGUCAUAAAGCAGACCAGUGCCUUUGUAGAAGGAGUGAAAAUGCGCACAUAUAAACCCCUAAUGGAUCGUCCUAAAUGCCAAGGAUUAGAAUCCCGGAUCCAGCAUUUUGUACGUAGGGGACGCAUCGAGCACCCACCUUUAUUCCACGAGGAAGAAACAAAAGCCAAAAGGGACUGUGAUGAUACAAUGGAAGAAGAAAAUACUCUUUUGGAGAAACCAACAAAGAGAGUCUGUGUUGAUACAGAAAUUAAAAGCAUCAGUUAACUCUAACAGGAUCUAGGAGGCAAGAACUAGCAAGUGGUAGGUGAACAGAAAAGAAAUACAACAUAGCAUGUACUGCAAGUCCUAAAAUUCAGAUGAUUAGUUCUUUGAAAAAACGAAACAAACAAAAAAAAAAACCAUCCCCCUGCAAACCCAAAGACUAUUAAGCCCUAUAAAGCAAGUUUUAGCCUGAAUAAGGGUUCAAACAUUCUCAUUCCUCCCCAAAAGGAUUAAGAGAUAGAUGCAAAAAGCAAUUGUGAAAUGGAGACUUUAAAUACUCAUGGGAACCUGUGCCUUGUGUUCAAAUUUAUUAAAGCCUGAUUCCGUAAGCA